AUGUCUGGGAAAAGGAAACAUCGUAACUGCUAUCGGCGUAGGAGGCAGACUAACUCCUGCUGUGCACAAGUUAACCUGCGGUUCCCCAAGAGCUGCCUGAACCACCUUUUGCAACAGGGCCAUUAUGCCCACCGCCUGUCUUCCGCCACACCGGAUUUCCUUGCUGCCAUUCUUGAGUACCUGACAGCUAGGAUCCUGGAACUGGCAGACAAUGAGGCCCACAAGGACUGCAGAAGGCUCAUCACCCCACAACAUGUGGACACGGCUGUGUGCAAGCAGCCUGAGCUCAGCCACCUGUUCAGGAAUGUAACCAUCUCUCAGGUCAAUCAAAUGUCCUGA